UGUGGCUUGAUUUUCAUUUAUUAAUAUCCCUACAGGGAAAUGGCGGAGGACAGCCCAAAGCCCUGAUAUUAUCAGAUUAGAGUCUGUGAAUCGUUCUGUGAAUCGACUGUAUUUUCUCGAUUAAAAAGAGUGCUGCGUUUGGUAUGGCCUGAUGGGUCGGGUGUGUUACUUCAUUCUGCUGACCAUUUUAUUGGUGGACAACAGUCUGGCCUAUAAUUAUUACCUGACUGCAGCGGUUGUCGGUGAUAAAGGUUCCAAUCGGAUAGCCAAAUUCCGCCAAACUCUACAGAGGCAGAACAAUGACAGCGGUUAUUGUAAGAUAGAGUUUAUACAGCUAGAUUACGACCAGACAGAUGGAGAUGCGGUGUACCAAUCUCUCAAUACAGCCCGUCAAACGCUGAACAAUGAAUCGGUCGUCGCUGUACUUGGGCCAUACAUCGAUGUCUUCACGUCCAUGGCUUACGUCAUCACCAAGCAAGCACAUCUCAUCACGGAGAGAUCUGAGAGUUCCGAAGCUUCUUCGAGAUCCCUUCCGAUUCUGCCAGACUCAAGAUCAUUGGCUUAUGCUGUUUCAAAGAUUAUUGCUAAUGCUAUGCAAUGGAAAAAUAAGAAUAUAGCUUUCUUAUCUCAAAAUGACUUCUCUAUGGUACCAGAACUUAGUCGGAGAGACGUUAAGGUUUGGCCGAUCCGUUUACCUCCCCACAUUAAGUCGGAGGGGGAUAAGGAGUUAAUGUUGACUCUCACCAGUCUACGUAGUGCUCAGAGAACGCGACUAGUCCUCCAUUCCAUGGACAGCUCUGUCGUCAAAUACGUCAUCAAAGCAGCAGAAAAAUUACUCUUGUUUCACAGUUCUUUGAGCUGGUUUAUAACGUAUUUGGAUUUUGAGGAUAUUACCUCCAUCAUGAAUAAGACGGCUGAUAUCUACGGUCUACAACUAUUAGACAGAAACUCUUUAUCAACCACCGACACUCACGACGCCUUGGAAGAAGCUGUGCUGAGUGAUUCUGUGGCUCUGUUACGUCACUUUCUCCAGAAGAAAUAUGAAUGUUCUGAAGAACCUCAACAAGACGUCAACAUGAAGGCGGGAGACGUGUUAGAGUUUGUACACGAUCUGUCAAGUGGCAGGAGCACGCCUUACAUCGGGGCCCUGGGUCAGUACGUAUGGACCAAUACUAGCGACAACACAGGCAAAAUGAGGACACAGUAUUCGUUUGGAAUUAUGGGAUAUAAUGGAACAACAACAAAGAUAGGUAACUGUUCCUUUGUGGGGAGGAACGUGACGAUUUUGGACACUAAGUUGAUGCCUGCCCCUGACAAAAGUUUGGAUAAAGUGCUGGCAGGCCAAAUGUUUACGGUCAUCACGCGUGUGGAACCCCCAUUUGUGCUGAAAACAGGGGUUGGUAAAUACGAAGGGUUUUCCGUUGAUGUCUUAGAAGAGAUUGCGUCUAUGAUGAACUUCAACUUCGAAAUAAAGGAACUGGACAGCUUUACAAACAACAAGAGCGAUGUUACAGCCGACUGGGACACCAUUAUAAAACAACUGAUUGUAGGGAAUGCGUCUAUGGCGAUUGGUUCCUUGGCGGUUAAGUCAAGCAGAGAGGAACAAAUUUCUUUCUCCUAUACAGUUAUUUCUUCUACCAUCAGCAUGCUCUCAAAACGACCAGUCAACUCGCCUGUCCUCUUUCAAUUUCUGUGGCCAUUUAGUUGGCAGCUCUGGGUAGUCAUUAUUGCCUUCUACGUCGUCGCAGGUGGGGCACUAUGGGCCAUGAGUAAAUAUGACGUCACUCAAAAUGGUUCAGAGCAACAGUUCAAUUUGAAAGAAAGUAUUUGGUACUCCGUUAAUCUUUUCCUUGGAGGGGGCACCGAGUAUUCUCCGCAGACGACAUCGAUGAGGACGAUGGUGGCCUUUUUCUGGUUCUGUACGCUUGUGAUCACUGCUGCCUACACCGCUAACCUGGCGGCGUACCUGACUCUACAACAACAAGACACACGCAUCAAGACCGUGGAUAAACUCUCUAAACAGAUGACCGUGAAGUACGGGCUGCAGAAAAACAGCGACCUGAUGCAUUUCUUCAAAGAUUCCUCGAUGGAUCCGUACGAACGAAUGUGGGCCACCAUCAAACUGGAGGAGGAGACCCGACUAGUUCCGGAUAGAGAGACUGGUGUUAGGAUGGUCAAAAAUGGCGUGAACGGAAGUGACUUCAUAUUCCUUGAUUUGGCCAAAAUAAACGAAUACACGGCUUUACAAAGAUGUGACAUGGAAUCGUACGAUCAG